UGCUGACCCGGACAGAGCGCUGAUCGUAGCCCGGCUUGUGGAGCACGAUGUGGCUGCUAUUGACGUGAACAUGGGCUGUCCCAAAGAAUACUCCACGAAGGGCGGGAUGGGAGCUGCUCUUCUGUCAGAUCCCGACAAGAUCGAGGCGAUCCUCAAAAAGCUCGUCGCAGGAGUUUCUAUACCGGUCACGUGUAAAAUACGAAUCCUGCCUUCGUUGGAGGAGACGGUCCGUCUGGUCCAGAGGAUCGAGAAGACGGGCGUCGCUGCCGUCGCCGUUCACGGCAGGUUGAAGGAGGAGCGUCCUCGUCACCCGCUCCACCUCGAUCACAUUCAGGCCGUCGCUCGGGCGGUUUCCAUCCCCGUCAUCGCCAAGUAAGCUUCAACACCUCCUCCUCUUUCUAGCUCCAACAGACGGGAGAACUAUGGUUUCAGUUUGUUAAACAGGGCAGUGAACGCAUCUAGCAGAGACUUGAGAUCAGUUUGGGACAGAAGAUAAUCCAUCACAGUGAAGCAUUUACACCUUUAU